AUGUUAAAUUAUAAGAAGUAUAAUUUUUUUUAUAAUAGUAUUAUUAAUUUUGAAAGUAAUAAUAUUUAUUAUUAUUUAGUGUUAGAUAAGAAAAAUUUUGAUUAUAUAUAUGUUAUAUAUAAUAUGAAAAGUAAUGAAAUAAUAAAGUAUAUUUAUAUAUUAAAUGUUAUUUAUAUAUUUUAUAUGUAUAAAAAUAUAUUUUAUUUAUUAUUUAAAAUAUAUAAACAUAUUUUUUUACAUAAUAUAAAAAUAAAAUAUGAAAGAUAUAAAAUAAUAUUAAAUAUAAUAGGUAUAAAUUAUAAAUUGUAUUAUUUAAAUAAAUAUAAUUUAAUUAUAUUUAAAUUAAAAUAUAAUCAUAAAAUAAUUAUUAAAAUACCUAGAUUAGUUUAUUGUAAAGUUGAUAAAAAUUUAUUGUUUUUAUUUAGUGUAGAUUUAUUUAUAUUAUGUUAUGUUAGUAAAUUAAUAAAUUCUUUUCAAUAUAUAAAUAAAUAUAAAGAUUUAGGAAUAAAAAUGUUAUGA